ACAAUUUUAAAAUAUUUUAUUUCAGCUAAAUUUGAAACCUCAGUGUUGCAUCAAACAAAAAUUGUUACAUCAAAAAGGCUUUAAGAAGAUUUUAUGAGUGUUUUAACAUAAAUAAACAACAUAAAAUAUGAAGAACGCAUUGCUAUUAUUGAUGUGUCAUUUGGUUUUACAGAACACGAUAGUGUCUUCUGGCUGCAUAAAUGAUAGCUCUACAGAUUUUCAGUUAACAGCAACUGGUUACUUUGUCAAAGACAUUUUGGCUUGUGUUUAUGUUUGUAAUUCUUUUACACCACCAGGAGUGUUCAGUUAUAGCUUUUUUCUCGAAGGAGAGCUAUGCUUCUGUAGAAAUGCUUCGCUUCCAUUAUUAGAAACAUCAAAACUUGAAAGUCCUUGUGUUAGAAGUACAUGCUUCAAUAACAACAAUGAUUCCAAUUGUUUUUUAAGUAGUUAUGAAGUUUUAUUGCUCUCAUCAGGUAUUGUUGAGUGGAAUAUUACAUAUAAUCCUGCUAUUGCACUUGUUGAUGAUGAAGUUCAAAUAAAAACAAAUAUAUUAACAGCCGAACCAUCGAGUGUAUAUGUGAGACCAUUACCAAAUGACUUACUAUCAUAUGCUCUAAAUGUUAAUGGUAUGACAGUGAAUACACAUUUUUAUUUACCUGGUUUCCAGAAAUGGUCUGAAAUAAUUGGUAAUAACUUUACAAACCCAUAUACCGUAACUAGUUGGAUUCAAAUCAAUGAAAAUGUUGGUGGCAUGCAUAUAAUUCCAACAACAGUUUCAACAAAUGAUUUCUGUUAUUUAAUUAUAACUCAAGGAACAAACAUCAGCGUAACUUUAUCACUCCCAACAACUCAAAAUUUAAACUUUUCUGCUGAUAUUAUUCGAUUAGUAUAUGGAAUAAGUUUGUCUCUGCUUCAUACUACUUCCACCUUAACUUGUAUCCUUUCUGAUGGUUUUGUUUUAAAUGAAUCUUUAUCAUCUGGUCGUUUUACAAAACUAAAGUUAAAUGUUUUUUCUAAAGGUUAUUUACAAGUAGCGAUUUUACGACCAUUAUGCAAAAAUACAAGAGAUAUCUGUCCAUCUGAAAUCAAUUGCACAGGUGCUUGUUUUCGGAAACAGCUAUUGGAAGCACAAACACUAAAUUCAUCUUUAACAAUCACAGCAAUGGUUGCAUACCAUUUUAUCUUUUUGGUAAAUGAUACUGGAAUUAUUGAAAUACCAAUCCAAAAUACUUAUAAUGAUGUUUUAGAAGAUGAUAUGAUAUGGAUUGGUGGAAAUGUUACCUUGUUUUGUAAUAAAUAUGAAAAUAUGAAAGCUGAACAAAACUUUGGAAAAAUGAUUGCUCAAACAGUUACAUUCUUAGCAAACACUAUAUCUAGCAUUGAGUUUUUCAUAUCAUUAUUCAUAUCAAAACCAUUUGAGUAUUUAAUAGAAACACCUUUAAAUUAUGGAAUAUCCAAUUUUAGUGUUUAUGCUUCUAAUAACAUUCCCUCAUUUCAACAGCUUAAUUUUUCUAUAAUCAAACAGAUUCCUGCUAUGAAUUUAAAAUUUGAUUAUAUGAACCCAUGUCCCAGUUUUGUUGCUGGAUAUAAACUCAAUAGUUGGAUAACUUUUAAAGCUGUUGUAGACAAUGGAACAGAUCUUUCAUAUGUUUUCAAUAUUCCUAAACUGAAUUACACAUCACCUUUUAACAGUGGCCAAGUGGAUUUCAAAACAUUUUCUUUAGGUGACUUCACUGUAUAUUUGACAGCAGCCAACAGGUUGAGCUCUCUUAAUACAUCUAUUAAUAUUUCUGUUUUGUCUGAAAUAAAUGGUCUAAUUUUGUUUGUUGAAAGAAAUUUACUACAAGAUCAUACUUUUAUAUUAAAUGUAACAGUAUACAAUGGUAGUAAUGUAAAUUUGACAAUUGACUUCGGUGAUGGUACCCCACUGUUUCAUAUAGAAAAUGUAGAUGCUAAUGAUAUAAGCGGUUUCACAUACACAGUUUUGCAUAGGUAUUCUGAUUGCAAAAACUUUACAAUUACUGCUUUUGCUGCAAAUAGUUUUGCAUAUGGGUUAAAAAUUUCUAAUGCACUUUUAUCAAAUUCGACAAAUGUAACAGUUUUUUGCCUAAUGUCUCCAUUGAAUGUGAAAGCAAUACCUAUUAUUCCAGUAAAUGGACAUGUUCUAUUAUCAGUCAACAAAAGUUUAAAACUAAACAUACAUCAAUAUAGAGGAUCAUAUUUGCUAUAUUCAAUUGAUUGGGGAGAUGGUACUUUUACAAUUAAUGAUCAGACAAUCAACUUUAAUCCUAUUUCUUUUCAUGCUCAGCAUAUCUAUACAAAAGAAAAUAAAUACAAUGUUUCAGUAACGUCUAAGAGCUAUUUUCAGACCUUGAGCUACUUGUUUGUAAUACAGGUAAAAAACUGUUCUGCACCAGAAGUUAGUUUUUAUUAUGGAACUCUAUCAAAUCCAAUGGCUGUGAUUUGGAGUGUUGGGGUUGAUUUAACUGCUUAUGUGGAAAAUAGUAAUCCUUUAUGUAAACAAGAAGAUUACAGUUUUCAAUGGAACCUUACAAGUUAUUCUGAAAAAGCUAUAACAAACCAAGUUGUAACUAUAGCAACCCAAUCUCAGCAAAGUGUUAUUUUUAGAAUCAUGAAAAAAUCACUUGACAUUGGUCUUUAUGUAUUUUCAAUGAUAUAUAACUAUGGUGGAAAUGUUAAUGAAUAUGCUGCAUACUUAAAUGUGAUGCUUUCACCAUUGUAUGUUGAUAUUGAGAAUGGAUUUUUAAAUUCUAUUGCAUACAAAAUAGUAAAUGGAAAUAAUAGUUUUUACCAAAAUUUUACAUUAAGUGCAAUGUCUAGUUACGAUCCAGAUGAUCCAACCAUUGGGAUACAAAAUAUUACUUUUGAAUGGAGAUGUAAAGUUGCUGCAAAUUUUUCAUAUGCUCAAGAUGUUAUGGAGAAAUUUACUCUUUUAAAUUUGACAUAUCAAAGUAACACUUGUUUUAGUCCGACCUGGAUUAGUAUCCCUUUUUUUAGCCCAUAUAUAAGUUAUAGUACACAACAAUUUUUAGAAGGGAUGAGUUAUCAUUUUGAAGUUUGUGGAACAAAGUUUGCUGGAACAGAUGUAGAUUUAAAUAAAAUAAACAAGACAAGUUGUUUCACUCAAGAACUUUUUUUUGUCAGUAAAGAUCUUCCCACUGUUACUGUGAUGUGCAUUUCCAACUGCAAUGCAAAACUAAACAUUAAAGAGCGUGUGGUAUAUUCAUUUGACUGUAAAAAUUGUGGUUCUAGGAGAUUAAUGGCGGAGUGGAGUAUAACAGAUGAAACUAAUAAUAUUCCAUCUGAAAUUACAAAGUUUUUAAAUGCUACAAGUACAGGUUUUUUCAACCCAAGUAUUGUAAUUAAUAAAGAUGUUCUUUUAGAAUCAAAACAUUAUACAUUUAGUUUAAUGGUUGGCUUUGCUGACUCCCUAAAAAGAGUAAAAUUUGAAUUUAAAAAGUCAACAUGCUCUUUACCAACUCCAGGAUUUUGUAAUAUUAAUCCAACUGAAGGUUAUGCUCUAGAAACAAAAUUUACACUUUUUUGCUAUGAUUGGAGUGACUCAGAUGGAUUGCUGAGCUACAGGUUUUAUUAUGAUAAUGGUCUGUCCCAAAACAUGAAUAUGAGCAGUACAACAACCAUCAAUUACCCUUUAUUAAAUGGUGGAUCUGUUUAUCAACCUAGUUUAGUUAAUUUUAUAUUAGGACCUGGUGAAGAAAGCCAUGAUUAUCAAAUUAGAAUUUUGAUAAAAGUAAUUGGCAAAUAUGAAGCCUAUGCUGAAUUUAGCAAUCUUUUUGUAAAGGUUCGUCUAAAAGAAAAGCAAUUGGAUAUUGCAGAAUUAUUGAAUGGGAUAAGUUUAAAUGAUACUCAAACUAUUGGUAAUCUUGUUCAAGCAGUUAGCUCUGCUACAAAUAAAAUUUCAGCAAACGUUACUAAUAACACACCUAUUGUUAACAAUAUUACUGGCAUUGUUGAUAUUGAUGAUUUAAACCAACAAAAGCAGAAAUUGCUUUCUUUACAAAAUAUACGUACGCAAAUGAUUGAUUUACUUAACCCCAUUCCUAUUAACGAUUUAAAUUCUUUUAAACUUGUAACUGAUGCUUUGGAUUUAACGUCUCAAUAUCCAUUAGAGCUAGCUUUUCAAACUCAGAAUAAAGCAUCCUCUACUGUACUCAAACUGUCUGAGUUUUUCACCAAGAAAAAUCUUAAAGGUUUUGGAGCAGACAACUUUGAUACCAUGUCUCAAUCAUUUGUAAAAUCAAUAUCAAACUUGUUUCUGGCUUUUACAAACAACAAUGUACCUGGUUUACAAAAUCCUACUGUUCAAACAACUUUGGAUUCUGAACAUUCAGAUUUUGUGGCAACAAACUUGUUUAAGUCCUUGGAAAGCUAUUUUCAUGCGGUACAGUUUUACAAAGUGUCUGGUGAAAACUCGACCAUUGGUCAAACAAGUCAAUUUACAUUUGAUCUAAUAAAAAGUUUAUCAAGUGAUUUAAGUAAUAUUUCUAUUGGUUCAUUUGAUGCCAAUAACAAUGGUUUUAUUCUUCCUAAUUCAAUACAUUUAUUUAAUGAAUCUAUACAAAAUACACAAAUCAUAAUGAAUAAUCUCAGAAUGAAAAAUAUGGUUUACACAUGGGAUACUAAUUGGUCGCAAAACAUUCUUUCCGAAACUCAAAGUCUUUCUUUUUCUGAUGCUAAUGGACUUCCUAUAGAAGUAACUAACAGCUCUCAACCAAUAAGCAUAGCCAUCAAAAAUAUUCCAGAAAAAAUGAUUGGAAAUAAAAUACUUUUAUCGAUGCCCAGUGAGACUUAUCUAGUUAAGCUUCCAUUAAAAUCAGGUUGUAACAUGCUGCUAAAGUUUUUGUUUAAAAAUGAUCUAAAUAGUUUAACAAAUCUUAUUGUUUACAUUCAAUAUGGAAAAGUUGCAACAAAACUUGAUUAUGAUAUUAUGCUGAAUAUUUCUGCAAAACAAGGCAUAAUUAUGACUAAAAAUAGUUUACCAGUUAAAACAAAUUUUUCUGAAGUUUUACUAAGAAAUCAAGAUGUUCAUAUCCUUGAUGAUGACGCACUAUUAUUAUGGAACUUUAUGAACUCAACUUAUGCAUUCUUAAAUAAAAAUGAUUUACAUUUAUUGCUAUCUUAUUAUGGGCCAUUACCUGCUAAACAAUUAGAUUCAAAUUUAUAUACUUUUGAUGAGGCAGAAUUUUCUGGAGCAUUUGAAUAUGAAAUAAAAUCGUUUUGCGUUGAAUGUAGUUACUGGAAUAAAAAUGCAAACAGAUGGAUGUCUGACGGAUGUGAGCUUGAUAUACCAAACACAAGUUUUUUUGUUACCAAAUGUAAAUGUAUUCAUCUAACUGCGUUUGGUGGACUUUUUGUUGCCCCAAGUCCUCUACGUGCACCUACGUUUCUUUUAUUAAAAAAUGGGUAUGCUCUAACCGUAACAGUUGCAAUAGUCCUUCUCAUGUGGCUCAUUGGGUUGGUAUUUAUCAGAAGAAUGGAUAAAAAGGAUAUUUCAAAGGUUGGUGUUUGUCCACUUCUUGAUAAUCGUGAUGGAGAUAAAUAUAUGUAUCAAAUAAUAGUUAAUACUGGAAACCGAAAAAAUGCAGGCACCAAAUCAAACAUUUUUUUUACUGUUACUGGUGAUGCAAAUGAUAGCGGAGUGAGACGUUUAAAAGAUUCAGUAAGAGAAUGUUUUCAAAGAUCUGCCUGUGAUAUUUUUAUAAUGACUACAGAGAAGUCUCUUGGAGAUCUAGAUUUUAUUCGACUGUGGCAUGACAAUAGUGGUGGGAGUUGGUACCUAGACAAUAUUAUAAUCAAAGAUAUUCAAACUCAAAAACAGUUUCUUUUUAUUGGUCACCAUUGGAUUGCUGUAGAUCGUGGUUCAUGCAUGUUGGAUUGUGUUAUACCAGUAGCAUCAGAUGAAGAUCAAAAAUGUUUUAACUAUAUUUUCACUACUAAAGCAAAAGGUUAUCUCUCUGAUGAGCACUUGUGGUUUUCAAUUUUCGCUCGCCCACCUAAAAGUAGUUUUACCAGGUGUCAAAGAUUGUCAGUUGCAGUUUCAUUGCUAAUGACUUCAAUGAUGGUGAGCACAAUGUACUAUGAAAAGAUUAAUUAUGGAACAUCAAAUGAAAAUAAAAGUGUAUUUUCAAUCUCCAAAAUGCAGAUUUUUGUUGUUUUGAUUUGCACUUGCAUCAAGAUACCUGUGCAUCUGCUUUUAGUAAACUUUUUUCGUUCGAUAAAACCAUUCUCUAAUACUGUUUAUUCAAAAAAGAUUUCAUUGUUAAACAAAGAAACUUUAGCUGAAGAAGGAUCAAGUAUCUCAUUAAAUUUACUUAACAACAAGACCAGUUCUAAUCAGUUAUCAUCAAUAUCAAACAUUGUUAUUGAUGAAGAGAAGACUUUAAAAAAAACUAGCCAAAAAAUAAUCCUACCAUAUUGGUGUUUAUACAUUGCAUGGUUUUUUUGUGUCGGAAAUAUUCUAUUUUCUGGGGCAUAUGUUUUAUUAAUGGGAAUGCGUUUUGGAAAUGCCAAGUCGUUAAAUUGGCUUGCUAGUAUAACUAUUGACUUUGUUAAGGAGAUAUUUUUAACUGAUCCAAUAAAGAUAUUUAUUUUGGCAAUUUUUGUUGCAGCUGUUUACAAAAAGAUUAAUGAAGAAGAAUGUGAGGUUGAGAAGCAAGGUAUAAUGUUAGCUCAAGAUGAAAGUUGGCUUUAUAAACCAAAAGAUGAACCUACUAUUUUUGAUCAAGAAUGUAUUGAGAUACAACCUCUUGAUUCAAAUAAAUUGAUAGAAAUGAGAGAGUUGAGAUUUAAACAACACAAGAUGUAUGCUGUAAUAACUGAGAUUUGUUUAUAUACAUUUUAUGCAGUUUUAGUAAUGUUUAUUGGUUACACAACACGUGAAACUGUAUUUUUCUAUCAAACAAAUAAUUUGGAGCAACUUUUUAAUAUGAAAUCAGUUGCAGUACAACCAAAAGAUAACUAUAAAAUUUUCAACCAGAUUAAGUCUUCAAAAGAUUUUUGGCUGUGGAUAGAAAGAUUUUUCCUUCCCCAAGUUUUUCCGGAACCUUGGUAUAGGUUGGAUGAUUCUUUUUCAAAUACAAAUAAAAAUGAUUUCCCUGGAAAACUGUUCUUAAAUGACUUAUGUUCAAAGAUUGUGAAUGGAAUUAGAAUUCGACAAAUUCGUGUGCAGUCAAAUUCAUGUAAGAAAGACAAAUCAAUUGUUAAUUUUUUCAAAAUUGACUGUUUGUCAUCAUACAUAUCAUCUCUUGAAGAAACAAGAGAUUUUAAUUUUAAUUGGUCACUUCCAAUCAAAUACAAAUCUGCUAUCAAUCCAUCAACUAUGCCUUGGAGGUAUCAAACUUGGAAAGUACUUGAUGGUUAUCCAUUUGCAGCUAAUUUAGACACUUACGAUGGAGGAGGUUAUGUUAUAGAAAUUUUUCCUAAAUGGAAAAAUACGGUUAUUCUGGAGCAAGCCAAGAUGCUUGGAUGGAUUGAUAGACAAACACGAGCUGUAAUAAUUGAGUUUGCUUUGUUUAAUGCUGCUACUAAUUAUUUUACCAUGGUCACAAUGGUCUUAGAGUUUCCUGCUUCUGGUGGAGUUGUUCCUAACUUUUCUGUACUUACAUUUAAGUUAUUUGCAUCAGCUACAGGAUCAAAAGCUAUGUUUAUAUCUCAUAUUCUUUUUAUUUUUUUUACUAUUGCAUUUACAAUUCGAGAAUGUCGCAUUUUUUAUCGAACUGGUUGUAAAUAUUUUCUUGAAUUUUGGAACAUAGUGGAAGUUGGAUUGAUAGUUUUUUCUUUUAUUGCAGUUGGAUUUUUCUUUUAUAAAGACUAUUUAGCCAAGCUGUUGUUAAAACGAAUGCCAGCUAAGAAACCACAGGCUUUCAUCAAUUUUCAGUUUGCUUCAUACUGGGACCUGACAUAUGUUUACAUUGUAUCUCUAAUUGUUUUUUUUGUAACUCUCAAGUUUAUUAAAUUAUUGCGUUUCAAUCAUCGUGUUUCAAUGUUAUCUUCAACAUUAAAAGUUGCAUGGUAUCCUUUAACCAUGUUUGGAAUUAUAUUUUUUAUCAUUAUGUGUUCUGUGGUCUCAACAUCAAGCAUUGUGUUUGGCUCUUUGUUAGAUGGGUAUCAAACCAACUUUAAAGCUGUAGCUUCUAUUAUUUCAUUGUUAUUGGGAAAAUUUAGUUACAGUCAAUUUGAAAAGAUUAAUAGUGUGCUUGGACCAAUUUUUUUUUUUGGUUUUAAUAUUUUUGUCAUUUGGAUCGUUAUGAACAUUUUUAUCACUAUCUUAAAUGAUGCAUUUGCUGAGGUUUGUGUAGAUCUUAGAUCACAAAGUAAUGACUAUGAGAUAGUUGAUUUUAUAUUGGACUAUUUCAAAGAAUUACUUGGAUGGAGCCCUCUGAGAAAAAGGGAACUUAUAGUAGAAAAUCUAAUUCAGGAGGAAAUUGCUGAAUCCAGUAAUAAUAAUGGUAUUUUGAUCACUUCUCGUAAAAAGUCAAGGUUUAGUCAGGUUGCAACUGAAUUCAUUGGAGGUAUUAAUGAUACACAACUUGGGAUAAAUAAAAGGAAGUAUACAGUUCAAAACCAAGAUCAUAUAUCUUUACCUUCUCGUAAAAAAUCAAGGUUAACUUGGUUUACUAACGAAUUAGAUAAAGAACGGCUUGGUCAUAGUUCUUUAAAUAAAAGAGAGCAUAUACUGGCAAAUGGGAAUCAUAGAAGUUCAGUAUCUAAUCCCAAUGAUUUUAUGUUUUUCAAUUCACGCAGAAAGUCAAGAUUUAGUCGAAUUUCUAAUGAAUUUUAUAAAGAAUGGCUUGGGCAUAGUUCGUCGGACAAAAAAGAGCUGGCAAAUCGAAGUCAGAGAGGUUCAGUAUCAAGUGAGUUAUUCAGAAGGAGCUCUAUGAAGAAUUCAAUGCAAAUUUCAAGGAAUCAAAAUCAAGAAUCUUCUGAAUUUAAUGUCAUUUCACGUAAAAAGUCAAAGGUAACUUGGUUUACACCUGGUUUCAACGAAGUAGAAGAGAGUUAUUUGGAAAAAAAAGACCAUAAAGAAAAAAAUCAAUAUCGAAAAGAUUCUCAAUCUCAUGACAAUGGUUUCAUUUCACGUAGAAAAUCAAGUCAAUUUACUACUCAAUUUAAUCAAGAAUUGUUCAGAUUGCGUUCUUUAAAGUUGAAAGAACUUAGAAAACGAAAGGUUUCUUACAAUUUACGUAGACAGUCAAAUUUAAGUAAUAUUACAUCUGAAGUUAAUCAAGAAUAUGAAACGUUUUAUAAUACGACUGUAUCUGGAAGCCAAAUCGAUAAUCGAGUUUUGGAGCUUUCUAAGUACGAUUACUUACUCGAAGAAGAAAUCGAUAUUGACAAUCAUUAUACAAACGAAACUUUUGAUAAACUUAUCAGUUUUAUAAAAGUUUACAAAGCAAACUUGGAACAGAGAAAAAACAACUUUGAAAAGUAACUAAUAAAUAAAGUCAAAGCCGUGUUGCUGUUCAAAAAAGUUAUAAAAAAAUAUAUAUAUAUAUAUAAUUCUCAAAAACAGUUUAGUAGUUUAAAGUAGUUUAGAAUAAUAAAGAUAAAAACAGAA